UUUUCUGAAACUUGAGCGAUGGAGUCCAUUUCUUUAAGGCAUGUAAUCUCUGCAACACAACAGACCAAUCUCAGGAGAACAAGAGUGAACCCAGAAAAGCCUUUUCACUCCAAAAGGUUUCACCUUCACAACCCAACUGCCCGUUUUCAAAUCCAUUCCAGACUCUCUGAAUUUCGAGACUAUGCAAAGCCUUCACGACUAUUUCAAGCCACCGAAGUGAAUAUAUGCACAGAUAUCUCAGUGGAGAAAAGCUUCUUGUCGUUACAGGAUUAUGAAACUCAGGCUUUGUAUAAGGUCAAGCUAGGUACUAGUAAUGUUUAUGGUUCAGGUCUCUCUGACGUUACUGCUGGAAUCCUCUUGUGCAUGAUAGACGAAAAUGGUGACUCCAUACUACAGAGGAUACCCUCAAAUUUGAGACUAGAUGACUCUAAAGAGGUAGCGGAGGAGAUAAUUCAGUUUCAAAGAGGUUCUUUUGAUGAGUUCACUUUUAAGGGACCUAAACUCAAAAAUAUUGAAGCUGUUUGGAUCAGUCUUGAAUCAGGCCAAUGGAGGUUAGGAAGUGUGAACUUGACUGUUAUUUAUGGGAAUGAUAUCUCUUUGGAGGAAAGUCAGGAAAUAGAUGGAGAGAAACCUCAGUAUGUUGGUUUCGAUUACAACUUCCAAGCAGAGGACAUCUUGCUCGGAGAGAGAAGUGACAGCUCCAUGGUGGAACUUAGACCUUGCCUUAUUACCAAGCUAUAUGGGGUUGACCCCUUCACCAUGUUGACUAAAACCCUCCCUGAAUCAAGUAUAUCUGUGAGCCAAGGCAUAUCAAAUGAGGAAACUAUGAGAGAAUACGCGGAUUUGAAGUUCUCUUUGCUACUUUAUGAUGCCAUACUGGUCUUAUUUGGUACAUCAGUUGCAUCCUUUUCAGUCGGGGAAAACGCUGGUUCAGCAUUUUUAACAGGUGGGAUUGGGGGCUUCUUAUAUCUUCUUCUACUGCAAAGGUCAGUUGAUGGAUUACCUGCUCCGGAAUCAUUUUCUGUGGACAGUGAAAGUACCAAUCAAAUGUUUGGAGGAACAAAGGGGCCACUACUUGGCCUAGCAUUGGCUUUUGGUCUUGCUCUAUUUACAGUGAAGUAUAGCUCUGGGGAUGUCCCAAUGGUUUUCACACCAAAAGAAGUCUUGGCUGGAAUGGUUGGAUUCCUUGCAUGUAAAGUUGCUGUGGUUUUGGCAGCAAUUAAGCCCAUGACAAUAGACGUAAACAUAAAAGAGUGAUGUAACAUCUAUGUAACUUGCAAUGGAGACAAAUCAGCUGUAUAUAUUAGGAAAGGAAAACUUCAGCAACACUAUCAAAUCAACAAGUUACAAUAUCAAAGUUCACAGAACCACAAAGUGACAUGUAACUGAUGUAAGUUGCUGGAGAGGUACACUUUGUAUAGUUUAUGCUUCGCCAUAUGUUGAUAUAAACAUGCAUAUUGAGAACCAAAAGAAGAAAAGUAAUGUUUCUUGAAAAAAAAAAAAGUGAAACAAUGUAGUGCAACAAUGAUUUGCAUGAUAGUAUAAGAUAAUACAGAUGCACAUGCAUGGAAGAUGUGUUUCAUCAGUCAAAGAUUGCACGAGUAUUAUAUUGUUGACAUGUUACUCUUUCAGGCUUUCAGCAUACCUGGUGCCUCUAUGCAUCAACUUCCUUACUGUAAUUUGAUCUGGUUCUGUCUAUAAUUUUUAGCUUCCCAGA